AUGUUUGGAGCACCUCGGCCACCUCCCUCCGAGACCCGUCCCAACGCCCGCGCAGACCGCAACGAUCACAAAGCCAAGCCGCGCAAUCCCAGCCCUCAACGCCCGCCCGAGAAGCUGGCCAAGGACAGCCCCCGCCGCGCCUCCAACCGCGCGCUGGCCGAGGAGAAUGGCCGCCUCACAAAACGCGGCUACGACGUGGGCAACGUGCACGUCGACCUGCAAGCGUACGUGGCGCGGUGCAAGCGCCUGACGCGCAGCUACACCGUGGACGACACGGAGCGGAUCCUCACCAAGCAGCGCGCGCUGCCGCACACCACAACAACAACCUUUGAAGUCUCAAGUGAGAGCUCCAUGGCCGCGGCGCAGAGGCUCGCUGGUCAUCGCACAUCCACAUCAACUUCUGGUGCCAGCUCCAGCGCAUGCACAAGCGCACCAUCAAAUGGCCGUGUCUGCGUGCUCAACUUUGCCUCGGCGCGGCACGUCGGCGGGGGAUACCUGACGGGCGCCAAGGCGCAGGAGGAAGACGUCUGCCGCGUCUCUGGUCUUUACUCUUCUCUGCUGUGCGCUCCCGACUUUUACGCCGCGCACAAGGCCCGCGGCGCCGAGAACCUACGCUACUCCCAUCGCAUGGUGUACUCGCCCGACGUGCCCGUGUUCCGGGACGCGGAUAGGAAGAGCGCGAGCGGAGGCUCCGCAGGAGCCGCCGGAGCGUCAACCAGCGGAUCAAGUCCAGCGAACGCCGCGAACGGCGCAGGCUCAAGCUCUCGAACGCCAACGCAGAGCACGACGAGCACGACGAGCGGCAACGCCCUCCUCCCGCGCCCGUACAUGGUCGACAUCCUAACCUCGCCCGCACCCAACGCGACGGCGCUGCGCCAAAACCUCCCCUCGGCCGCGAGCAAUCUGGAGGGGAUUCUGAAGGAACGCGCCGGCCGCAUCCUCGCGCUCGCGCUGGAGCAUGGGGCCGAGACAAUCGUGCUGGGAGCGUGGGGGUGUGGCGUGUUCGGAAACGACCUGGGGACGGUCCUGGGCGUGUUCAAGGGAUGGCUUGAGGGCGAGCUCGGGGGCAGGCUUGCCAAGGUCGUCUGGGCCAUGAACGACGAUAAGGGGGCAGGGAGGGCUCUACAGGCGUUCCCGAGCGCGACGCGGGUGUAG